GACCAGCCCCGGGAGAUGAAGCGCAUUGCAAAGUUCCUCGGGAUUGAAUUAACGGACGACCUGAUUAAGUCCAUCUGCGAGGCAACGGGUAUCUCAACCAUGAAGGUAGCCUAUAACAAAGGAUUCAACGUCAGAAAAGGUCAAGUCGGGGACUACAAGAACUGGUUCACCGUUGCUCAGGACGAGUAUCUUGAUGAAGUAGCCAAGAAGAAGGUGUCAGGCAUAUCCAUCUACAAACCACGAUUUGAACUGCCUUGAACUGCUCAGCAAAUCCAAUGAUGACAUCUAAAUUUAUUACAUACUCUGUCCCCGUGGUUUUAAGCACCCCGCAUAAUUUAGCAAAAUUUGAUCAUUUCUUUUUGCCUAAUUUCUAUUUUCCUUUAUCAUUCUUUGUUAAAGUUAACAGAAUCGCAUAAUUUCACAUUUUUGGGCUCAGUUUGUAUUUCAGAAUUUUUCUUGCAUAAAACGACGGGGACAGCAUAUUACUUGUCUCUUUUUAAUCUCCCCUUGUACAGUCAGAUUUACAAGGUGGAGAACAGUCGAAGCCUGGUUGGUCUAACCCUGACUCGAAACACGCCAUAAUCAUUUCUUGGAACUUGCUGGCGAAUAAGUCCCUCCGACUUUGACACAUCCCAACCCUAGGUGAUUGCCUCAUCCAUGAUGAUCCUACUCCUAUAAGUGCCAGUCAUUCUACUUUUUCUCAUUUUUCUACUCAUUGGUCUCCAGUUUUAUUGGUCAAUCUUAUCUCUGCCAUUCCCAAAACAUGCACCGAAUAAUUAGCUCCACCUCUCCUUUUCGUGGUUAUAUUGAUGUAUCAUCAAUCCCAACCCUUACUAAGACAUCAUGAUUUUGUGACAAAUUCAUUUUUAUUUUACUAAUAAAAUAAAAAUCUUCGAAGACAUUUUGUUUGAAAGCU